AUGUCACUGAAGAAGUUGAAUCAAGUCAGACCACUGAUCCUUGAAAAUGAACUUGCACUUACAAGCAACACACAGUUUUAUGCCUUCCCCCACCCCACACCCAUCCUGGCUCAGGUAGUGGGCUAUCGAGACCACCACAGAAUCAAGCCCACACUCUAUGACAGUCUCUGUAGUGCAGUUACUGAACCAGGCAGGUCCACAGUAUUCCAGGGCACUACUGAUUACAGCACAGAAUUGCAGAAAGGGGUUACGUUUUCUGAACCAGAGAGUGAAGACAGUUCGGAAGCAAAGUGGACGAGCUACGUGAGAACUCGACGUGUUCGACAUACUCGGACACCAUUUAAAACCGCUGCUGAACUAGAGACUACGGACGCUGCAACCUAUAUUGGUUUGAAAAGGAAUCCAGAUGCAGGACAGGGGUUAAUGUCAACAGAUGGCCCACCAUCAGCAAACAGCCAGAGUAAACCUCCCAGCUCUCCCUCCACUGCUGCUUUUCUUCAGUAUUUUACCAUAACCUCCAAAAAAAGUGUUGACAGCAAGAUUGAUUUGCAUUACCUGGAUUCAAUGCUGGAAAAUGGAGCGAAUAUUAAUGCUACUGACAGAUAUGGACAGGGAGUCUUACAUGGGGCAGCUCAUGUAUGGCACCCUGAUGUUGCCAGGUAUUUUAUUGAGAGACAGGCUGAUGUUACUAUCGCUGAUAACUAUGGUGUGACUCCACUGCAUGUGGCAGCAGCGGUGGACUAUCCUGAAAUGGUGGCCUUUUUGCUUGACAUCGGUGGUAAGAAUAAUAUUCUAAUAACAACUGGGAUGAUGCAGACCCCUUUACAUUAUGCGGCAAAGUAUGAUGCCAUUGAUUCCCUGAAGUGCCUGUUGAAACAUAAAGCUGAUAUGAAGGCAAGAGACUAUAAACAGCGGACACCUUUGCAACUUGCAGCAGAACUUGAUCGCAGUGAGGCAGCUCGAUUACUCGUGGGAUUUCAAGCGGAUGCAGGAGUUUACGAUAAUACUGGACAAUUAUGCUUGACGUUGAUGGUAGCAAACAUGCCUCCUGUUGCAAAUGUGGCCCUAGAUCAGUUUUUCAUUAAAGACCGGGCUAACAGAAAGCAAUACUUCAAGUUGAACGUUUUGGUGCCUCAACCCUCAGAGAACAAUGAUAGCCGAACAAAGUCUUUUCUGGAAGUCAUUGUUCAGUAUCGACAGCUGGACCUCAUUAUGCAUCCAGUGGUGCAGAAAUUAAUUGAAAUUAAAUGGAAACACUUUGGAAUGCGAGGAGUGACUAUCCAUCUGACCCUCAAUAUCCUCUUCAUUAUCUCAUGGACAAUUCUGGGGAUCGCUUCAACACUGACUGGUAUCAAUCAACAACGCUACAAACUACCUGAGGACUGGUGGAAGAUUCUUGUGGCUCUGGUGGCAGUUGGUCUCACUCUCUAUCAGAUCACAGAUGAAUUCAUUGAAAUCCACGCUUCAAAGAGAAAAUUUUCUCAGUGGAAGGAAUGGAGAAACCAGGAGAUAAUGAAGGACCUGAACCUGUGCCACCCAAGAUGGCCAGAGGAGAAGACGUAUCUAAAGAAGGAGCUUUCUGCACUGGAUGAUAUGCAUCCCAACUACUUAAGAGACUUUUGGAAUUUAUUUGACUGGUUGUGUUAUCUGCUGAUCUUCACUGUGAUUGUGACUCACGUGGCUGAUUUACUCAUGGAGAACCCAAACCUUCACACUUCUCAUGUUCGCUUGUUUGCCGUGGCCAUCAUAUUCAUCUGGCUUCGACUCAUGAAACAUGUGCGAGCUAUCAGGUCACUGGGUCCUUUCAUUGUAAUGCUGGGAAAGAUCAGCGUUGAUAUCUUAAAGUUCCUCUUUCUAUAUGGAGAGUUUUUCGUCCCUUAUGCCUGUGCAUUUUGGAUCAUAUUUGGUGGUCUGGUACCAAAUAUGACCACUGUACCACAGAUGCUGUUUACCAUCUUCCGUAUCACACUGGUUGAUGAUUAUGGCUUUGAUGAUAUGUAUGGACAGGACUCGGUGAUGGCAUAUUUUCUCUGUGGGACGUUUCUUGGUCUCUCAAGCAUUCUUUGUAUCAAUCUCCUCAUAGCACUCCUUUCAGACACUUUCCAAAGGGUGUAUGACAAUGCAACUGCAAAUGCAGCGAUGCAGCAAGCGAGCAUCGUGAUGCAGAUUGAAGAGCAUCUAAAUCAGAAGGACAAGAAUAAAUUUUGUGAUUUUAUUCAUGAGUCAUGUGCACCUUUAGGGAUAUUCUUUGACGAUGACAUGACCACUGAUCAAGAGGCAGAUCUCAAAAAAGUCACCAUCCAAAUAAAGGAGGAAUUAGACGAUAUUGCAGCUGUAAUAAAAGGAAAAGAAUGGGGAAAAAAUGCUUAUGCAGCGAGCCCUGGAAUUAAGCACUCUGAAAAGAUUUCAGGCAACCUCGGUGGCCAAAUUCAUUCACAAGAUCUAAGUACCACGCAAAAUCUAGCUAUGCAACUAGACAUUCGUGAUCUGAAGCUAAAGAUAUCAGCUAUGGAUCAGGAACAAAAAAAUUCAGCCUUGAAACUCAGCAGUGAAUUGCAGAGAACACAUGAGCUGAUUAAUGAGAUUCUGAGGCACAUUUCACCAGGUACCACUGGGACAUACUCAUCUGACCCGCCACAUGAAGCUGUCGAUAUGUCACACCAAUGAUUGUUCGGCAAAUAGGCAAUUAUUUGCCUCCAGAUAUACGACAAUCAGCACAAAGUGAGUUUCCUUUGUGGACAGAACCAAAUUGAGAAACCCCAUCAGAACACGAUAGCCUCUGAAGAAAUAUCAACACAAACAUAUUCUUUUUACCCAAAGUGUACUUUAUUUGUAAAGGAUGGUUGCAAAGAUUGACAUCUACUGAUAGAAUUCUUGGAGACUGAAGUCUAACUGUUAGAAAAACAAAACU